AAUUAUUUCACGAACGUGUUUCCGGUUCCGUUGUAAACCGUUCACGUUGCAUUAUUUCUCGCAGGCAGCUGUUACUGCUAAUUUGAUGCAGUAAACAUACAAUCUGAAAGAUGCAGUUCGACAUUAGAAGGUUUGACAUCUACAGGAAGGUACCCAAGGAUCUUACCCAGCCCACACUGACCGGGGCGUGUAUCUCAAUCUUUAGCGUCCUCUUCAUUUUGUUCCUGUUCCUGUCCGAGCUUUCACUGUUCAUCACUCAUGAUGUAGUCAGUGAAUUGACGGUAGAAGAUCCUGUGAAACACUCAGAGAAAAUUCCUGUCUUCAUCAACCUGACUCUGCCUAAUUUAAACUGUAAAUAUCUAGGACUGGACAUUCAGGAUGACAUGGGCAGGCAUGAAGUGGGCUUCCAGGACAAUACUCAGAAGUUUGAGGUCAACGGAGGGAAUGGCUGUAGGAUGGAGUCUCAUUUUCUCAUUAAUAAGGUGCCCGGUAAUUUCCAUGUUUCCACACACUCAGCAGAAAGUCAGCCCGAUAAUCCAGACAUGACGCAUAUUAUCCACAAAGUCCGAUUUGGAAUGGAUCUACAGGAGGGAAAAGAUGUCUCAGGAUCAUUUAAUCCAUUGGAAGGCUUAGAUAAAACCAAAUCUCAAGCAAUUGCUACACAUGAUUAUAUUGUGAAGAUUGUGCCGUCCGUGUACGAGGAUUCAAGAGGAAACUUACGCUAUCCGUACCAGUACACCUUCUCCUACAGGGAUGUUGUUCAGUAUGGCCACGGAGGGCGAAUGAUGCCGGCCAUUUGGUUCCGCUACGAUCUCAGUCCUAUCACAGUCAGAUACAAAGAAAAGAGGAAACCAUUCUACACAUUCCUCACAACAGUCUGCGCCAUUGUUGGAGGAACGUUCACCGUGGCCGGAAUUCUGGAUUCCUGUAUCUUCACGGCGGCGGAAGUCUUCAGGAAGCUGGAGAUUGGAAAGCUGAGCUGAUCAGCGCGAUUCGUAGGUCUGAAUUAACAUUGUCUAGUCAGUGAGAGGUCAACAGCCGCCGAAUCUCAACAGGUGCUUGUUGAACACGCAUCACUCAUUGUACAUUAAGAUUGGGAAAAAAGCUCAUGGGACUUUAUUUUAAAAAGUGUAUGAGGGGAAAAGCUCAUGGGACUAUAUUUUAUGAAGUGUAUGAAUGUUUGAUGUUGGAGCAAUUUAAACAGUACAUUGUGUCCUUCAAUAUAUAUGGUGCUUCUAGGUUACUUUAUUAUAUAAGUGUCAUAAAAUCACCCAUGGUAUGUCUCUGGGUGUGAAUAUUUAAACAUUUAUCAUGAUAAAAAAUAGUAGAAUUCAGAACUUCCUGGAAGUUCUGUUCUUAGUUAAAAUGAUCAUUUUGUUCUGUUUUUGUUUUGUAAAUCUGAAAAUCCAUCUACACUGACAAAUCAACUAUCUAAACUGGGGGAAUAUUUGUACUUGGUUAUUAGUUUAUUUUAUCAUGUUUUAGAGAUUGUGAGGGCCAUUUUGACCUCUAAUUUACCUUGCCAAAAUCUCGUAGUGAGUUUGUGAUUAUCUCAGGUGUGAAAGGCAUAUUGUGUGGAGAUAUGAAAUAAAUGAAAUGAAGUCUGAAACUUAAAGAGUCUGUAGGAAUUAUUGGCCUUUGUAAAUACAAGUAGUUUUAUUGUUACAUUAUGUUAACAAGUGCAAUGCUAGUAGUAUGUGUAAUCUAGAGGUCAAGCUUGGUACUACUGCCAUCAUGUAGCAGGACUGGUGGCAGAAUGUAAUUUUUAAGAUGUUAACAUUCCAGUUUGCAAAGAAACUGUUGAUAUUUUUAUGUUGAACAUGUGUAAAGUGAGCUCCUUUAAUCACAAGUUAUCAAUGUUUACAUGAUAAAUACAGAUAGAAUGGAAAAUACUUUCACUUGGACCAAGAUAAGUAUAUCAACAUUUCUUGAUUUUUAUUCAGAGCUAUUUUUAUUAAGAUUUUUUAUGUUUGUUAUUUAUUUUUGUACCUGGUAUAGGUGAUUUCUGUAUAUUAACAGUUUGUUUAAUCAUGUUGAGCUGUAUUUGAUGAGGCAUGAGUUUCCAUUCACAGUUUGUCUAUCCCACUUUUGAUCGCUGGAUUUUUUUGAGCAAAGGUAGAAGUUGUUGUUUUUGCGGUAUUUCAGUUAGUCAGAUUGAUUCUCAAAUAAAAUCAAUACACAAACACUCGAACAUCCCAGGGUUGAGAUUGAAAGAAAUUCACAAAUUAGGACUGAAUCAGAAACACCCCCCUCACCUACCAUAAACAAAUUAAAACUGCAAAAUAUAAUGAAUGUUGGUUCAAAUUUUAAUAGUAUCAAUAUUUAUAACACUCUUAAGAUAUUAUAAUAAUAUAUACAUUUAAAUGCAUGUGUAUUAUACUUGAAAUUCUUUUUCUCAUACACAUUUAAAAGCUGUAUAAAGAAACAUGGGAAAAUGUUACUGAACCAAGAUGGUUUGUGUUAUGAUCAACAGAACAAUCUGUUCCAGCAAUGAUCCCAGAUUGUCUCUUUAUGAAAUGAAGAGAGGAACUGUUUGAAAGAGAGAAUGGUUUGUUUAUGUGAGACAUUUUGGUAAUUGUGUGGCGUGACAGAUUCAUCUGCUGUUAGUCUGUAAAAACAGAUUGAUAUCAGGGUACUUUUUAUGGAACAAUUUAAUUGAUUUAUCCAUUGUGAGAAACUUAUGACUGUUGAAGAUUGAUGAAGACUUUAUUUAUUUUUACUUUGAGCUUGUUGUGAAAAGGACAUGUAUAAGUUCUAAAUUAAAGUUAAACAUAUCAAUUCACAGAUCCAGCUAAUGGGGAUCAACACAUAUUUCUUUUUGGAUAAUAAUUGGAACAAGUAACAGGUCACUACAAAAGUUUCAAUAGAACAAAACCUUCCAAGGCAUAGGAGAGGACCCAGUCUUGUUGUAUACAAGAACAAUGUGACAAUUAUUUAUUCUUAUCCCAGUGUUAAAAUGUCUGCCUAAAAAUGGGCCAUUGAAAAAUAAAUGCCACAAUCUUAAUUAAAACUCUCAACAGAAUCCCCAACGAACACAUUUUACUUCAUAGGCCCGUAAACAUUACAAGCUUCACAGCUUGGAACACUACAUACUCCUCAGACUGUCAGGGAUUCUGAUGUUUUACUCAGUAAGACUGUGUAAAAUGGUUACAAUUUGUAUAUACACGGUAUUUGUUUAAUAUUUAUACUUAUUUGAAGUAUUACUUUUAAUUUUCAAAGCUUUUUGUGGGAUAGGGACCAGUGUUGGAUUAAAACUGACGUUUUGUUACAUUAAACUUUAUAUUAUACCAUGAUAAA